UCGCCAUACGAAACACAUCAGGCAAAUGUAUAGGCAAACAGGAGCUGCGUAGAUGCAAGCAAGAGAGAGGAGCAGAUAGAAGAGAGCGAGAUGGAGUCGCCGUUCAAGGCUGAUGCGGUAAUAGGGAAGGUGGCUCUGAUAACCGGAGGUGGGUCAGGAAUUGGGUUGGAAAUGUCGACCCAAUUCGGCAAACAUGGCGCCUCCAUUGCCAUCAUGGGCCGCCGGAAGCAAGUGCUUGACUCAGCCGUCUCCGAGCUUCGAUCUCUUGGAAUUCAGGCUGUUGGUUUUGAGGGAGAUGUUCGUAAACAGGAAGAUGCAAAAAGAGUGGUGGAAUCAACUUUCCAGCAUUUUGGUAGGCUUGACAUACUUGUGAAUGCUGCAGCUGGCAAUUUUCUUGUAUCAGCAGAGGAUCUAUCACCUAAUGGAUUUCGAACAGUUAUGGAUAUUGAUGCUGUUGGUACAUUCACAAUGUGCUACGAAGCACUCAAGUAUCUUAAAAAAGGAGGGCCCGGAAGGGGCUCAUCUGGUGGUGGAACAAUAUUGAACAUCAGUGUUACUUUACAUUAUACAGCCGCUUGGUAUCAAGUCCAUGUAUCAGCAGCCAAGGCAGCUGUUGAUGCCACUAUGAGAAACUUGGCACUCGAGUGGGGAACUGACUACGACAUUAGGGUCAAUGGAAUAGCACCAGGUCCCAUUGGUGAUACACCUGGCAUGAGUAAACUUGCACCUGCGGAGAUAAAUAGCAAAGCUAGAGAUUACAUGCCCUUGUAUAAACUAGGGGACAAAUGGGAUAUUGCUAGCGCUCUCUACCUUACUUCGGAUGCAGGUAAAUUCAUCAAUGGAACUGUCAUUGUAGUUGAUGGGGGACUUUGGCUGAGCCGGCCUCGCCAUCUGCCAAAAGAAGCAGUGAAGCAGCUUUCUCGAACAGUAGAGAACAGAUCUAGAAAUGCACCAGUAGGGGUUCCAAGCAGCAAGUUGUAAGCACAGGAUAAGUACAUGAUCAUUUUUACGGUUACCUCCAACGCUUAUAAAACUUAGUUCGCUGCUCAUAAGAAUUCCAACAGAGGAAUCCAUCUCCAUUAAUUGAGAACUCGCGACGAACCAAAAAAAAGGGAAAAUUCAAUAGAAGUUGAAUGUUUCGAAUGCUUCUGAAAUUUAGGAACCAUUUCAUAUAUAAUUUUGGCUCACAAACGUUACGUAAUGGAUUUUGAUUAUGCUGUUCUGA